UUCUCUCUUCCUUCGGAUGACCAGCACCAAUGAACACGAUGGUGUCCCACUUGUUGGUCGCCGAACCGGAAAAACUCUACGCCAUGCCCGACCCGGCGCUUCCCGAGGGCCCCGCGAAAGCCGCAAGCACGUUGUGUGAUCUGGCCGAUCGGGAAAUUGUGGUUAUCAUUGGCUGGGCCAAAAAUAUACCAGGGUUCCCAGCAUUGUCUUUGGCCGAUCAGAUGUCCGUCCUUCAAAGCGUCUGGCUGGAAGUUUUACUCCUUGGCGUCGCCUGGCGCUCGCUGCCUUGUGAAGAUGAGAUUGUGUUUGCGGAAGAUUUUGCGCUCGACGAAGAGGCGGCCCGGACAGCGGGGCUGUUGGAGCUGAGCAGUGUCGUCCUCCAGCUGGUGCGGAAAUACCGGGCGCUGCGCUUAGAGCGCGAGGAAUAUGUGCUGCUGAAGGCCUUGGCCCUUGCCAACUCAG